AUGAAAGCAUCUUCAUUAUACCUUACUUUAAUCUCAUCAUUUGCGUUAAUAGCGCAAGCACUACCAACUCAACAACAACAGCAACAGAGGUCUUUCAUGGCUCCUGACGAUCAUGGUGAUAUUUGGUCACUAUGCGAUAAUCCAGCUACACAUCAACUCAUUGGCUACAAGGAUGGUGUAUUCAUAUCGCCCGAACAACCCAAAACUGGAGAGGAUAUUCAUGUUCAAGUCCAUGGCAACCUGCUAAAAGAUGUCUCAAGCGGUAAAGUGGACAUUGACCUUAGUAUCAUGGGCAUGAUCAAGAUUAAGAAACAGCUUGAUCUCUGCAGUGUGCUCGGUUCUGAUGUCAUGGGCCAUAAAGAUUGUCCUCUUCAAGCUGGUGAUUUAAAUUUAGAUGCUACUGCUUGGAUUCCGAAAGAGCUACCCAAAUUACCACUUGAUGGUAACAUCCGCAUAUCAGAUCAAGACGGCAACACUGUAACCUGUAUCCACCUCAACUUUAAAUUGCAAUAA